ACAUUAGCAAAAGAAGUGAUCUACGCGUUUUGAGUUUUGAGUUUUGAGUUUCUCAAAGCGAUUUACAUUCUAUAUAUCUUAUUCCCCUGAAAACUAGUGGUUUUCGCAGGGGGAAGAGUGGUUUUGCUGGCUCCAUCAUGGGAAAUUGCCUGUGCCGCCGAAGCAGAGCGAAGGAAGAAGAAACACAGGAAACUCAACAGAAAGAAGUGAAGGAAAGUGGGGUUGGAGAAGGCAGCCCAGAGCCGGACGAAAAAGCUUAGAGGAGGUUCUGGGAGAAGUUGAGAAAGUGAGAUCAGAGAAAGUCUCGAGGGAUAAUUGCUAUAAAUUGAUGAUUUUCUUGUUUCUGGAACUUAGUUUAAUGGGUAGUGACCCAAAUUUAGAAAGUUUCUCAUCUUUAUCAUCAGAUAUUUGGUUUUUCCAAAUUGAAAGGAAGGAUGAUGUACUGAUUCAGUAGUCUUGAAUAUAUUCUAGCAUAAGCU